AUGGCGCCCCGCAAGACUGCCGCCGGCGACAAAGCCCCGAAGGCACCUGCCACCAAGAAGAGCGCAGACAAGGUUAUCAAGCGACCCGCGCGCGGAUAUCACAAGUUUCGAAAUGGCCUACUCAACGUCACACCCAAAGGUGGUGAGAAGGAACUCGUCAAACAGAACGAGAGUUCCCCAUUGCUUCGUAUGCCCGCCGAGAUUCGCAACAAAAUCUGGAAGCUUGUGCUGGGCGGAAAACUGUAUCGGUCAAGUUGGUCAUUUGGAUUCCACCCUUCACCGACAGGGCCAAAACACAACACGGCUCUUCUGAGGACCUGCCGUCAGAUAUACUCGGAAACCGCAAUCAUGCCGCUAGCUCUCGGGACAUUCUCCAUCGAUUGUAUUCGGGAAGCAAAGAGAUCGCUCAAGAAAUUCAAGCCAACCCAGUGCAAACAGAUCACGACCCUAAAGCUCACAGUCUACUGGAGCAACAUGACUGGGGGAAUCAUGGACUUCUGCUUUGCAGUCCGCCACUCGAAGUAUUUUCGCUCGCUCCUCGCGUUGCGAGAGGUACGGGUUUUGGUAUUCUCGGUCCCAGAUCUGGAUGGGACCCGCGAGAAAGCCGAGGCCGUGUACGAACAUCUCAAACCACGCAUCCAAGAUAUGCCGUUCGCAGUGAAGGUAGACUACACCCAUCAGCGAUGGAGUGAUUAUCUGAACCCGUAA